UCAUCCAUUCAAAGGCCACAUUUUCCUGUUAGUUUCAAAGGGCAAAAUGCUACUUUCUCUUCCUCUCUCCCACUCUCUCUCUAGUCUUCCAUUUCCAUUCCAAUGAUUCUUCUUCAGCAAAAUUACUUCACCCAUUUUUCCCUUCUGAAUUUCUGAAAAUUCUCCUCUUUUCUUUUUUGGGAUCAUCAAAAACCCAAAAACCCAAAGCCCAAAAAAAAAAGUGGGUUCCUUGUUUCCACUACAAUUCAGAAUCUCAACUGGAAUUUGAACUGCCUUUCAUGGAGAAGAACCCAUGGAUUCCAAUGCCACAGAAACGCUUAACAAACCCUUUCUCAAUCCAAUUCUAGAACAACAUGCAACACGAAGAACCAGAAUGGGAAUCAAGAGGAUCGGAGGUGAGAUCUUACAAGUCCCCGGCGCCGGCCUCGUCGUCCGAUCCACUGCCCGGAAGGACCGCCACAGCAAAGUUUAUACGGCCAAAGGCCUUCGCGACCGUCGUGUUCGUUUAUCUGCUCAUACCGCCAUUCAGUUCUAUGACGUUCAAGACCGAUUGGGUUACGAUCGUCCAAGUAAAGCCGUCGAUUGGCUAAUCAAAAAGGCUAAAUCCGCCAUUGAUAAGCUCUCUGAUCUCUCCCCUUGUAAUCCAAAUGCUCGUUCCUCUGUUCCUACAGAAACAGAGCUAAAUGGAAUUGAUGUUCUUACAGUCACAGACCGAUCUGAGUCUUUUAAGAAUCACGAUUUCUUGUUUCAAAGCCAAUUUAGUGAGAACUUGAUUCCGCCGUUACCGGUUGAAUCUGGCGUUGGUUUACAGAGCUGUCAGAAUUUAGGGCUAUCUCUUCAAACCCAAAAUUCUCCCCAAAAUGUUCUUCAUCAUCAUCAUCAUCAUCAUCAUCAGACGGUUUUUUACACCGCUAGUUCGGGAAAUUCUGGUCCUGGAUUUGACGAUGGAUUUGAGAAAAUUGUGGCCUGGAACAGUAAUGUCUUCGGUUCGAUUCCGGUUUUUAACCAAAGCUCCGGUGCGUUCCCGCAGAGGGGCCCCCUUCAGUCCAGCCUUGAAUCUCCGGUGCCGCAUUACACUUGGAAUGAUCUCUCCGUCGUCUCUGCUGGAAAACGCCAUACAAAUCCGAUUAAUGAGCAGUCUUCGCCAUCGAUUCCCCCGUUCAUCUCCGACGGGUUGCCGCAUCUUGACGUCCAUGGACGGUUUCAGAGCCACGGCGACGGUGAAAAAGCUUCCUCUCAUUCUUCUUCGUAUUCCCGCUGCUGAUUCGUCGGAAGUUCGAACUCUGUUUUUCUCUCAAAUGGAAUAUUCCGGCGGAGCUUUCAGGUAUUGUUUUUUUGUUUUUUUUUACUGUUUCCUCCGUUUUUGCAGUGUGUUUUUUGUUUUUGUUUUUUUUUUUUUGGGCGGCGGGAUUUCUGAAUGAGGAUGAAAUUGAUGGUGGCGAAAUUGAGGAAGAAGAAGAUUUUAUGAUCUCCAUUACAACAUUUUCUGUUUUGUUUUUCUAUACCUUUGAUUUUGAGUUUAAUUUUAUUAUACUUUAGAUAUUAUGAGUUUAAUUUGUGAAACAAUUUGUUAUUAAUGUUGUAUCUUGAAGUUAAUUAGCGGGUAAUUUCUCUUUUUAAUUCUAAAUAUCACUAUUUUGAUUGA